GCAGCCGAACUCCGGCCGGCUCACUAUAUAAACCCCUGCACCGGAAUCCAAACACCACCCACAACGCACAGCAACAGAGAAGCCAACACAUUCGGCCGGCCGAUCUACAUCAGCAGCAGCGCCCGGCCCGACCAAGCGAAGUACGCUACUACUGCUGCUGCUACACCGCACCGACCGAGGGUGCAACGACGAUAGCAGAAGCAGCCGAACGUAGAUGGUGUCGCUGCAGUCGGCGCUCCUGCCGGAGGCCAAGCGGCCGCCGUGCCUCUCCCUCGUCGGCAGCGUCGUCGCCUCCACCGCCACCAGCAAGAAGCGGAAGAGGGACGGCAACGACGGCGACCACGAGAACAGCCGCGGCGAGGUAGAGGACGGGAUCGAGCUCAAUUUCGACGCCGCGCCGCUGCCCCCCGAGUGGCAACGCUGCCUUGACAUCCAGUCGGGGCGGAUCCACUACUACAACACGAGGACGCACAAGCGGACGUGGAAGGACCCGAGAGCGGAGCCGGACUACCGCGCCGCGCCCGCGGCCGAGGAGGAGGAGUCUGCGAAUUGCUCGCCCCCGGGGCUGGACCUGGACCUGGACCUGAACCUCACGUUCAAGCCGCGCCGGGUGCUCGUCCAGGAGAAGAAGCCCAAGCUGGCCGAAGAUCGUCGUCAGCCCGCGGAGGCGGAGGACAGCAGAGAGAUGGUCGCGGCCGUGUGCCUGCGGUGCCACAUGCUGGUGAUGAUGUGCCGCGAGAGCCCCGCGUGCCCCAACUGCAAGUUCCUCCACCCGCCGAGCCGGGCCGCGCCCCCGCCGGAGCCGGAGCCGGCGCCGCUCAAGCUCGGGCUCCAGCUGCUCUGCUGCAGGGACUAGCGACGGACAUCGAUCAAACUGUUGAGACGGAGCAUCUGAUCGAUCGACCGAGCGAUCUACCUCGUGCACCUUGGCCCGCGUACGUGCACGAGUACAUACCGCACGUGUACAUGUAGCUACCGGCAUGUGCAAGAAUCAAGCAGCGAUGAUAACUAAGGCUACUGUAAUGGACGUAAUUAGAUGCUCAAUUAAACAGGUGAGCGAUGGAUCGAUCAAUCGAUCAAACAGUGACUGAUCAGUGGCACGUACGAUUAGUUAAGCGCUAUAUGAUCAUGAUAUAGAUAUGAGUGCAUAUAAAUGUAGCUCGGAACAUUCGGUAUAUGUCACCUGUCCGUGCAUGUAUUCCAGCUCGCGAUCGAUCGAGAGUGCUCUGCUCGUUGUGGGAAGUUGGUUGGCUGUUGGUGCGCAAGAAUUUAUUGGCGCCGAUGUCAGUAUGUGCCCUUGCGUUUUUUGCGAGGAAAUGCUUUGUCACGCGUGAAUGAAGACUCCACAAGAGCGAUUAGCAAGUGCCCCUCAAACGGGAAAAGGUCAGGUUGAGCAAGCACGUACACGGCCAUGCAAAAUGUUAGAGUAGAUUGUAGAAGAUUGUAGAGAGUAGAACUCGAAUCGAGAGAAUGAAUUGAUUGAUUCAUUGCA